GACACUUUGUUUCAUUGAGCAAAGUAUUCGUUAAGUUAAAUAGCUGAUAAAAACGUCAUUGAUGUAGAUUGAAACUUUCUGUUUCAUAAAUGAAUAUGUAUAAUUUAGUCUCCUAAUCAGUGCAUAAAAAUCAUGGCGACUCUAACCGGUCUCACGAAACUAUUCAAUUUUGCCACGAACACUUGCCUUAGAAAGAUUUCCCCGACUACAAUAUAUAAAGAAAAUUACCCAGCAGUGAAAUUAUGGAGUAUGGGAGUAGCUGGUUACAGGACACGUUAUAAGCUGCCUUGGUUUUGUGACCCACCUAGUUAUCAACAAGAAGUAAUUGAACAUAAUGAGGAAAAAGAGAAACAAGCUUCAGAUGUGAUAAAUGAAAUUAACAAACAAAUAGCUACCAACACAGCUGGGCGUUUAUUUGCAAUUGUACAUGUGGGUGGAGUACAGUUUAAAGUAACAGAAAGUGAUGUUAUAACUGUUCAAGGUCAUUGGCCCCCUCAACCAGGAGAGAAAUUAAAAUUAGAAAAAGUAUUACUUCUUGGCAGUAAGGAUUUUACUCUUAUUGGAAGGCCAAUAUUGAACAGGGAAUUGGUAUCUGUGGAUGCAACUGUAAUUCAAAAGACUAUGUCCCACACAAUAACACGUUUUAGAAUGAAACCGCGGAAGCAAUAUCGUAGGAUCAACUUUAUGAGAUCACACAGAACAAUGUUGCGAAUAAACUCUAUAACUAUAAAUGGAGACAUAGACAAAAAGGCAGAAGUGGAAGGCUUACAUAGAAUAUAUUGAAGUACACUAAGGUCAUUAAUGUAAUAUAUUACUACUAGAACAGACUUUCAAAAAUACCCUUGAAAAUAAAUACAUUAU